AUGUCUUUCAUGGAAUCCAUCCGACAAGAGUUUAGGAACUAUCGGUCCCCAGCUCAUUUGACAAACAUCCGGGGGCGGAAAUCCCGAAUGAAGGUCGAGAAUUUCAACGGCACUGGAGGCGAUGAGGUGGAAUGGGAAAUAGCACAUAUCCCUAAUGACACGUCCCAAAUUCUCGAUCAACUGCGUUCGGAACUACGAACAGACUGGGAUCGUGGCCUCGUUUCAGUCACCAAUAGGAUGAACGCCGGACACCAAAAGUGUUUGCAUGCCCUGACAGACCAUAUCGAGCAGACCAUUCGAAGAACAAUUGAGGAAUAUCUGGUUGGCCAACAAGAUGACGUCCAGCCACUUCCUUCACGUCGAGCAUCUCCUGAACCCUCAGAUUCUCAGCUGUUGCUGGAGUCCGCUGAGCCAGAACAUAAGACCCAGGUUGAAGACCUAACAGCAAUGCUGCAGAGAACACAGGCAGAGCUCGAGAAUGUGAAGUCUCGAUUGAAGGCAUCAGAAGAUCGAGCGGAUCAACUCCGCAGCAUCAUUGUACCUCGUGACGAGGAACCCAUGCUCGACAGUGAGAUACAAAAGGUAUUCUCAGAAAUUCGCACAGCGACUCAAUGGGUGGCUGAAAGGCUCUUUUCGAAAUCAAGGAAAUAUCUAGAGCCCACAACAAUCGAUAGUGCCGCCUUCUUCGAGGAGAUCGAGAGCCUUGCCCCGGAAUGUCGACAGGACGCCAUUCACGCGCAUCUAUCCACGCUGAUUAGACAACGGUUUUUCCCCAACAGCGUCGGUGAUUCCAAGAUCAGUGGGAAAUAUGAGAAUCUUCAGAAAUUACUUGUAGCAACAGAGCGUGAUAUGAUGGAUGCCGUUGCAGCUCGUCACCCUAAAGGCACCGCUGGUGGAGAAAUGGCCAAUUGGACUCGUGUCACGUUCAAAUGCCUAGAUCUUCUCGUUGAUAGAUCUGAUGAGGCAGACUCAUAUGCAGUACAUCUUGAGCAGUUCUUCAAACCAGCAGAGACAGAUGACGUAAAGUCCCAGAACAUCGGCAGGAAAAAGCUCAAGGUCCUUUGCGAAAAGGCUAACGAGUUUGGCAUCCUCCUGCGACGCUCCGAGCACACCUUUCAGGUUUUCACCAUCAAAAAAGACGUCGCUUUCAAAGAUUGCGAGAAGAAGGUUGAAGAAUUGAGAUGCAAUAGAAGCAGAACUAUCAUUGGGGUGAAAGUUGUUGACUGUUGCUUAUAUGGUGGAUUGAAGAAGAUUUCAAGGGAAUACCCCAGUAAGGCGAUUUAUCUGGAGCGAGCACAGGUUUCAACGAGGUUUAUUGUACCAGAUAAUUAG